ACUUGGUCGAGCUCAAAAGAAGGGGACAUGACAGAAUGACAGGAGAUGGAUGUUUCAACAAGAUGUAGGGUGAAAUGUGAAAUUAGCAACUCAUAUUCCUCGCCCCUGUGUUAAACGACAACCAUCGGGAACCAGGCGUAAUUGUUAAACAGAAUGAAUUAAUAAGAGCGGCGUCUAUUAACAAGGCUUGACUCCUUCUAGAAGCCCCAAUGGAGCAGGAUGUGGAAAGUCCGGCAGUCACCACCCGAAAGCCCAAGCUACCCAAGCAGGCUCGCGAGGACCUGCCCAAGCAGCUGGUAGACCAGGUGCGGGCAAAGAGGAAGAUCCAGAGGUACGUCCGUAAGGACGGCAAAUGUAAUGUCCACCAUGGCAACGUCCAGGAGACCUAUCGCUACCUGACGGACAUCUUCACCACACUGGUGGACCUCAAGUGGAGGUUCAACCUCUUCAUCUUUGUCUUGGUGUACACAGUGACGUGGCUCUUAUUUGGCUUCGCAUGGUGGCUCAUCGCCUAUGUGCGUGGCGACCUGGAACACAUAGGGGACAACCAGUGGACUCCCUGUGUCAAUAAUCUCAACGGUUUUGUCUCAGCCUUUCUCUUCUCCAUAGAGACAGAGACAACCAUAGGGUACGGCUAUAGGGUUAUAACAGACCAAUGCCCAGAGGGGAUCCUUCUGCUGUUGAUUCAGUCGGUGCUGGGGUCCAUAGUUAAUGCCUUCAUGGUGGGCUGCAUGUUUGUCAAGAUCUCGCAGCCCAAGAAGCGGGCAGAAACAUUAGUGUUCUCCACCAGCGCUGUCAUCUCCGUAAGGGAUGGCCGGCUGUGUCUGAUGUUCAGGGUAGGGGACCUUCGGAACUCGCACAUCGUGGAGGCCUCAAUCAGGGCCAAGCUGAUCAAGUCCAAGCAGACCAAGGAAGGGGAGUUCAUACCCCUCAACCAGACAGACAUGAAUGUGGGUUAUGACACGGGGGAUGACAGGCUCUUCCUGGUGUCCCCGCUCAUCAUCUGCCAUGAAAUCAAUCAGAACAGCCCCUUCUGGGAGAUCUCCCAGGCCGACCUUGACAAAGAGGACCUGGAGAUUGUGGUCAUUCUGGAGGGCAUGGUGGAGGCUACAGGGAUGACGUGCCAGGCCAGGAGCUCGUACGUGACUAGCGAGAUCAAGUGGGGCUACCGCUUCAUGCCCGUGCUCACACUGGAGGAUGGCUUCUACGAGGUGGACUACAACAGCUUCCACGACAUCCAUGAGACCAACACACCCAGCUGCAGUGCCAGAGAGCUGACCGAGAUGAAUUGCCGUGCCCGCCUGCCCCUUACCUGGUCCGUGGCCAGCAAGCUCAGCCAGCAGGGGGUGCUGGAACCUGAAGGCCGCGAGAAGAAGAGUACUACUACCCUGGUAACCCAGGAGGAGGGGCUGGAGGAGCAGACAGAGAGGAAUGGUGACAUUGCUAACAUAGAGAGCGAGUCCAAAGUGUAAAGGGGAGCGAGAGAACCUAGGGCCAGGGGGGCUGUGUGAACCGUACUGUGGCAUCUCUUCUCAUGACUGGCUGACCAGGUGAGCUGGUCCCAGGUUAGAGGUCAGGGGUCAGGGCCAGGGUAGAAAAGGGGACGGUCUAGCCCGAGGAGCCCUGCAACAAGGACAGCUUAGGCCCUCAUCGGGUCAUUUACCCUCCAAAGAUAGCUGGUAAACGACAAUGGCUGGACGGGAAAUCUCUGCGGGCAAUUGCAUGUUUUGAAUUUUUUUUGUUUUUCUUCAAAAUACAAAUUCCUAUUAUUAUUAUACAUUUUUUAUUCAAAGAUUAAAACCUAUAUAAAAGUAUAUAUUCUAGGGCAUUUGCAUUUGUAUUUUUUGUAUGUAAUAUUUGUUUUGUUGCUGAAGUGUGAAUAUUUGACAGGAAGAUGUUUGAUACUGAUUCAUUUAGACCAGGUCUGUACAUAUUCUAUGCCUUAUGUACGAAGAUUUCUUUACAUUAGGGGUUUUCAGAAAUAUAUAAGCAUGUACAAAAACUGUAGUUCAUUUAUUCUAUAUUGUGUACAUAAGAMAAUAAUAUUGAUUGUAAUAGGCAAGACAAAAUAACUCUUAACAAUUCUGUAUGCAAGCCCUAUAGACUAUUAGACCAACGGCAUCCUCACAUCCUUGCCCACUUGGCAGAGAUGUGUUAGACCCUGACUGUGCAUGUCCACUAAACAUACCACCAAGAGGUAGUGGGAACUGUCGCCCAUGACCCUCGAGUAUCAUCAGUCCAAGUCUCCCCUCCUUGAAGACCUUUUUGUGCUCAUAGGAUAGGCUUGAUGCAAUACCCUUUAAGUUGGGAAUGGAAGCUGGAAGGGAGAAUGAACUGAAGGGAGUUGAACUAAGUUGCCCUUCGGAACCAAGUUGACGUCUGUGUGACCGUUUUCUCUCCAUUUGUUUUGGCAGUAUUUCUGUUUUGGUCAUAUAACUAAACAUUAAUAUCAACAUAUACCCAAAUACUACUUUCAAAUAUGAUUUAGGAAUUUCUUCAUAAGAAGAUGACAUGGUAAAUAACAUGUUGGGAAUACAGGGCUUUCACAUGACAUCAUCGCUGGAGAGUGUGGUGGAAUCUCAGUCUUAUAUGGUAGUACUGUACCUCACAGUAAGGAGGAGGAAAAUGACAGGAAGGAAGUACAUGCUCAUUUGUUCAGUAGUUGUCUGGCCACGAAUCAAAGCUCCGUUAUGAAAGACUGACCAUCAGAGGCUGUCGAUGUACAUUGUUAGAGCGUAAUAUUCCCUUACGGAUACCUAUUAUCUGAAACCCAGUAUUAUUGUAAUGGUGUCUGUAACCAGCCAGGCCAGACAUGAAUGUAGGCAACUGUGUCAGCUGAAGAUAUGGAGGUUGCCAUGGGGAUGAGGUGGUCUUGUUAUGCUACAGACCACAGGCCAGAGUGAGUGUGGUGGAUAGCCACCCAGUGGAAAGUUCCAUGCAGGCCCUCUAGUUACUGGCACUGUAGGGGUUUCAUGAUAUAAUGAUGGUAUUGCCUAGGGUCUCACUGAAAGUAUAACUGAGGCAAUGUAAACAUAGGUCUUGGGGGGGAAAGGGGCGUCUCUAUGGACACAGGCAAUGCUUUCAUGGACAAUGCUUUCAAUAAAGCUCCUAUCGUCGCUGACGAACAUGCUCACUUUUCUAAUAUGAAGGAAAGGCUUCAAUCUUUCAGUGUGUCUCUGAGGUGAAUCCCACUGUCGUGUUUGGCCCAUAGCGGACAGAUGAAAGCACACUGGGACUAUGUAAAGAAACCAUGUGAGGGGAAGUUGGGGAKCAGCAUUCAGGCCUACUCCGACAACUUUAACAAAGUGCAGAUAGAGACUGUUAUUUUUCUUCUUUUCACAUAUUUUGCCCACUUUAUUUCUGCUGCAGAACUACUUUUCUAAAAGCAAUUAUUUGUGUUUCUGGCUAAAUGUUUGAUUUGAAAACGAGCAGUGUAAUAUGACCUAACAAUGUUAUCACUUUACAACAGUGUGAAAUGUCUUUACUGCGGAACGUUUUAGCUCUGCUUGUCAAUGAUAGCACACUUGUGUCAAUGAAGAACAUUUGCAAACACUUUACAUUAAGUUGCCCUUAUAUGAUGCACUUAGUCUAUAGCUAUUUCAAUUGUUUUUAAUUGUGAUCCAUAUUUGUUACAGGUGUAGUUACUGUGUAGUUAUUGGUAAUUACUCUGAUGUUAUAAAAAGGGUAGAUAUUUCAGCUAUGUGGUAUUUAAGCAGCUUAAUGUAAAGUGUUUGACAUGCAGGCAUCAACAUGCAGUUCAUUUGACUUCUGUCCGUCUCUGAACAAAGGCUGAACUAAACAGACAUGUUUAUUAUAUCGACUCCUUUAUUUGACUGUAUUUAUUAAUUUGCCAUUUUAAUACCAAUCAUGGUUGUAUUAAGUUGUAACUUUAACAUGAUUACAUUCCAACAUACUGGUUCAUAAAUCAACUUCAACAAUACUUUAACCAAUACUUAUCUCACUGUCUUUUAUUGAUAAAAAUCGUAUUCUACCUUUUGUGUGGAUUUAAUGAAAUUGAGAAAUAUAUUCAUACUCUGUGGUCAAUAUUGUGAGAAUUAUUCAUUGAAAGGAACAAUCAUAUUCAAUCUAAAGGGAACCUUUUAAACCAUGUGGUACAGUACAGGACAAAUAAAUGGUAGAGCUAGAGUUUGGGAAGACCCACUAUUUUGGAAUGGGGUGUGAUUCUCAAACACUGAGGGUUGCCCAAUGCAAAGUACACCAACCCAUUAUUUAUGUAAAUUACAACCAACCAGCACCCAAACCCCAAGAGGGGACUGUGUUUGCCAGCUCUGCUUCAGGGAUGUGCCAAACAGCACAGCUAAGCUAAAGUCCUGUUCUUCCUGGACUGCUUGUUACUCGAGGUUCUCAACUCUCAUGCCGUGCAAUUGAUUUGAAGUAUAUAAGAUGCUGACAGUAGGAAAUUAAUCUGUUUUGUCUCUCACAAAAUUAUCAGACUCAGAGUUGAGAAAGGCCACCAAAAGAUACUGCAACAGCACAAAGUCAAGUCGAUAUUCAUUUAACAAGACUUCUCAUUAGCACUCUAUACAGCUUGAAAAAGUACAUAGUAUAUUGUAAUUAAGUCUGGGUGUGGACUUAAGAUAGUUUAGCAGCAUAAUUGCUUAACUUCAUAGUACUUGCAUUGAAUUGCUUUAUUAUGCAAAUGAUCAACUAAUGAGCUAGUGGGACCAAGCAGCACUACAGUACAUAUUGCAGCUUUGAUUGAGACCCCAAUACAUGUAUUGUUAAGCCUUUUAUCUAUGUUGAACUGGUCUUCUCUGCAUUGUGUUGUGUGUAACAAUAAGGUUAUGCUCGGACAAUAGACAAGAAUAGAGGUGCCGUAAAUGUAAAGAUCCGCCCCUUUUCUUCAAUUUCAGCCUAAACUAACAUACCCAAAUCUAACUGCC